AUGGCGGCCCCUGCGUCGACGACUACUCGAUAGACAUUUAUACUCCUUAAAACUUCUUUCCACACUCAAAAACACCGAAAGCCGUCAGGGGUGUCCGUACCGGGGGUGUGUGUCUGACUGUCGCGGAUAGGGGUUUAUUUUACACAAACAGCCUGACAGCGCUCGGACAAGCGCGAAUAAAGUCAGGGUGAGUGUCGGAGCUGAAGUGCCUGAGGUGCGGGUGUAACGUUAUCUGGAGCCCGGGAGGGAGAGAGAGGGAGAGCGCGAGAAAGGGAGAGCGCGAGAGCCUCUGCACGCGGAAGUCCAGGAGAGGAGUCUGGCAGCACGCGCAGUGUGUUUGAGUUCGCGAUGAGUUCACGCGGUGGCUUUUUAACGGCUUAGUGCUCACGAGUUGUUUGAAAAACUUGCCAACUUGAGUUAACCUGUUGUUGACUAGCUGACUAGCGGGUGAAGCUGGGGCUAAGUGCAGACCUGUUAGCUAGGCGAUGCUAAAAGUGAGCCCUUUAACAAGAAAGAGUUUCCAGGUGAGUACUGAUUUAUUGUCAGGGUCUGUUACACUGCACAUCAGCAGGACUUUAAUGCUACAGCAGGAAGGCUGUGUGUGAAAUAUGGAUUUACAGCUUGCACAGAUAUUUCAGAGUAACUACAACAAUAACAACAACACUAUGACAUGCACUAAUAUUAAGUGUAAACUGAUCACAUUCCCUUAAUUUUUUUUAUCAUCACCCUUUUGAUCAUGUAUUUAUUUUAAUGUUUAAAUGCCAAUGAAAAAAUCCAUCUAUACAUUUUUAAAAUAUAUGCAAUUUUUCAGUACAUUUGGUACUGACAUUAUCCAAAUCAUCGCUUUAAUAUUCUAUAUUAUUAACUGUAUACGUUCUCAGGAUAAAUAUUUAAGUUAAUAAUAAUAAUAGUAAUAAUACUACUAAUAAUGGUUCUCCAUCAGGUCCUCAUAUGUGCCUCAGACUUUGAAUGCUUUAGUUACGUUGUGCUCUUUUUAAUCGGUUUUUAAAAAUGCAGAGAUUAUCGUUUCUGAUCACAGAAUGUAGCUUUGCGUCCGAAUUCCACAAUUCAUUCAUGUACGAUCUACUUCCUUGGUAACGUGUAAGAAUUCAGCGCCUCUCAGCGGCUACCCAAUUCAUGACACACAUAACGAAUUCGGCGGAGAUCUGGGUCGGGUUUGGCGGACAGGGAAAAGCGUCACGGUUUAGGAUUUGGGAUUUCGAGGUCACGCUGACCGAGAGAGCGUGCACCUUCUUGCACACGAGUCUGUUUCCAUCAAAAAGCUCCCGUGAUCGUAACCGUGAUCGGUUGUGAUUCCGGGCUCCGGCCUGGCACCCUGCCCUUAUGGGGCAGCAGCCAGGGAAAUUUGUUGGCGACCAACGGAGGCCGAGUCUGCCUGCUCUGAACUUCAUGAAGAGCGGAGGGAAGAGGGACUCAUCGCGCCAUGGAACUCAACCCUGCAACGUGUUUGCAGUUCACGAAGCUCUUCAGCGACCGGAUUUUGAGCCCUCUGGUCUGUCUGAGGCGGCACGCUGGAACUCCAAAGAGAACCUGUUGGCGGGACCCAGUGAAAAUGACCCCAAUCUGUUUGUAGCACUGUACGACUUUGUGGCGAGUGGUGACAACACGCUCAGCAUCACUAAAGGAGAGAAGCUGCGAGUGCUCGGGUACAAUCAUAAUGGCGAGUGGUGCGAGGCGCAGACCAAGAACGGUCAGGGCUGGGUGCCCAGCAACUACAUCACUCCUGUGAACAGUCUGGAAAAGCACAGCUGGUACCACGGGCCAGUGUCGCGCAACGCCGCGGAGUACCUGCUCAGCAGCGGCAUCAACGGCAGCUUCUUGGUGCGAGAGAGUGAGAGCAGCCCAGGUCAGCGGUCCAUCUCGCUACGCUACGAGGGACGAGUCUACCACUACCGCAUCAACACAGCCUCUGAUGGCAAGCUCUACGUGUCGUCAGAGAGUCGUUUCAACACACUGGCCGAGUUAGUGCAUCACCAUUCCACUGUAGCUGAUGGUCUCAUCACGACACUACAUUACCCAGCGCCCAAACGCAACAAGCCUACCAUCUAUGGCGUCUCGCCCAACUACGACAAAUGGGAGAUGGAGCGCACGGACAUUACUAUGAAACACAAGCUGGGUGGAGGCCAGUAUGGAGAGGUGUACGAGGGAGUCUGGAAAAAGUACAACCUCACUGUUGCUGUGAAAACACUAAAGGAGGACACAAUGGAGGUGGAAGAGUUCCUCAAGGAGGCUGCAGUCAUGAAAGAAAUCAAGCACCCCAACUUGGUCCAACUAUUAGGUGUUUGUACGCGGGAGCCUCCGUUCUACAUCAUUACCGAGUUCAUGACCCACGGUAACCUGCUGGACUACCUGCGCGAGUGUAACCGCGAGGAGGUCAACGCCGUCGUGCUGCUUUACAUGGCCACUCAGAUCUCCUCUGCAAUGGAGUACUUGGAGAAGAAGAAUUUUAUCCACAGGGACCUGGCUGCCCGCAACUGCUUGGUGGGGGAGAACCACUUGGUGAAGGUAGCAGAUUUCGGUUUGAGUCGUCUGAUGACGGGAGACACGUACACGGCUCACGCCGGAGCCAAGUUUCCUAUCAAAUGGACUGCGCCAGAAAGCCUGGCAUAUAACAAAUUCUCAAUCAAAUCGGACGUAUGGGCUUUUGGAGUGCUGCUAUGGGAGAUUGCCACCUAUGGGAUGUCCCCAUAUCCUGGGAUUGAUUUGUCCCAAGUUUAUGAGCUACUUGAGAAGGACUAUCGCAUGGACAGACCCGAGGGAUGCCCGGAGAAGGUCUAUGAACUAAUGAGAGCCUGUUGGAAAUGGAACCCAGCAGAGAGACCAUCCUUUGCCGAGACCCAUCAAGCGUUCGAAACGAUGUUUCAGGAAUCUAGCAUCUCAGACGAGGUGGAAAAAGAAUUGGGGAAGAAAGGGAAGAAGCUGACACUAGGCUCCAUACAGCAGGCCCCAGAGCUUCCGACCAAGACUAGGACGAUACGCAGACCCAUGGAGAAAGACGGGGACAGCCCAGACGGUGCUGAAGCAGAGGUAGCUGUAUCUCCAAUGCUUCCUCGAAAAGAAAGGCUUUUGGUAGACAGCAAUCUAAACGAGGAGCCCAAAUCCAAGACCAGCCUCAACCCACUGAUCAGCUUAAUCAAAAAGAAGAAGAAAACCGCUCCCACCCCUCCAACACGUAGCAGUUCCUUUAAGCACUCCAGGGAUGAUUUCAACAAUGGCUGCUCCCUCAGCGAUGCCACGCUAGGUUUCGACCCUUCAAAGUUCCUCUGCCUCAAUAAUAACGGAUCUAGCGGGGUCACCAACGGAGUUCCCGCAUAUCCUGGACAGGUUUUUCCUCCACACCCAAGGAAAAAGGGCACAACAGGAGCUUCCGGUUCUGGGAGACUGGCCACGACUCCACCGGGCGAAGAAGAUCUGUCCAGCUCCAAGCGCUUUCAUAGGUCCUCCUCGGCCUCCAGCAUGCCCCCAGGGUCAGACCGUACUGAGUGGAAGUCAGUCACUCUCCCCCGCGACGUCCAGUCUCGCCACUUCGACUCGAGCACCUUGGGAAGCAAGCCUGCCCUGCCCCGCAAGAGCACACCCCGUGGCGGCACGCUUACCCCACCCCCACGCCUGUCCAAGAAAACAGAAGACGCUUUAGACGAGGUUUUUAAGGAUUUUGAAUCUAGUCCAGGAUCAAGUCCGCAGACCCUAACCCCCAAGCUGGGUCAUCGGUCGCAACUGCAGAGUGACGGCUCCAAAACGAGUGCCUUCCAAGCAGACCUGCUCAAAUCUAACGCAUUUUUUGCCUUGGGAGCUGCCGGGGAGGAGUGCAGGGCGCGCAGACACAAACAACCCCUGGAUAUCUCGAGUCAGCGAGAGAAGGACAGGGGAAAGUUUUCAAAGUCCAAGCCGGCGCCUCCUCCGCCGCCACCCUCAAGCGUAAAAUCUGGGAAGGUUUCAAGAAGCCCAACACAAGACCUAACUACUGACAUCAAAGUCAAAGUCAGUCUCGACCUAAGCCCGUCUGGCUCUGAACAAAGCAGGUCCUUCUUGCCCCAAGAAAGUACCAAAAAACUUAGCACCUCGAAAGCACCGCCAUCAAAGACCACACCCACUUCUCCAACCGGUCAGCCACUGGGAGUACCGCCCAGCUCGCCUGCUGGAGAUCCGGGCUCGGCUACGGCUUUCAUCCCCCUCGUGACUACGCGCCGCUCUCUGAGGAAAACGCGCCAGAACGAACGCAUUCCCAACUCGACCAUCACGCGGGAAAUGGUCCUGGAGAGCACUGAGCUUUUGCGCGCUGCUAUUAGCAGGAACUCUGAGCAGACGGGCAGUCACAACGCGGUCUUGGAGGCCGGCAAUAACCUGUCCAAGUACUGCCUGAGCUAUGUGGACUCCAUACAGCAGAUGAGGAACAAGUUCGCGUUCCGUGAGGCCAUCAACAAGCUGGAGAGCAGUCUGAGGGAGCUGCAGAUCUGCCCUACAGCCACCGGGGGCGCCAGCACGCCACAAGACUUUACUAAGCUCCUGUCUUCUCUCAAGGAGAUUAGUGACAUUGUUCAGAGGUAGCGGAUGUGCCCGAUCCUCCCUUUUAGUUUCCCCUCUUCAGGGUAACCAGUAGAAAACAAAUGAUCAUCUUGACAAGGGGGGAAUUUUUUUUUUUUUUUUUUUUUUUUUUUAUAGCUGUGACAUCCUUUAUUUUUUAUUUUUUUCCUAAACAAUCUGAAAUCACCUCUCAUUUUCAAAAAUACUGUAGGACUCGAUAGACUGUAGGUUGCAUAUCAUAGGAAAGAAGUGUCUUGUCGUUAAGCACAAAUUUUAAAGAAACUUCACAUCAGUGACACAUGAAAAUAUCCAACCCUGAGUAUUAUUAACGUCAGAAAUUUGGGUCUGUGAUAACGAUAUUAAUGAUUAUCAUACGCAUUUUCUGAUUUUGUUGAUUGCAGUAUCAAAGUCAAAACCUCACAUUGCGGGGCUCACUCAAGAAACCUGCUCUAGUUAUUUUAUGUACAGAUGGGAGACUAUCACGGUUUCGACCAAGACCUUUGUUCCCCAGUUGUGUUGUUGUCCCCCCCCCCUGUAAAGGGUUGUGUUGUGAUGUGUUAAUACUGACCCCGGUUAAGUAUUAGAAAGAAAAAAAAUCACUGUGCCAUAAAGGGUCCAAAUAAUUGCGGUUCUUUUGCCUCAUCUACAGACGUGCCUUAAAAAAAUUGUUGCCCUUAAAGACUGAAUCGACAGCAACGUGGCCUUGAAAAACCAGGACUUGACUGAGCGUUUUUUUUUUUUUUUUUUUUAACUUAUACAUUCAGCUACAGUAAUUGACACGGACGUUUGAUCCUGAACACUACUGUCUUCUAGGAGCCGGAUAAGGACUGGUAAAGCAAGACCAGCAAAAAAUGACAACUUGUGUAUCUGAAUGUUUGUUUUAUGUUUUAUUUUAUUUUAUCUAAUGAUCUGAAGAAUGCAAGCUGGCACUCGUUACAUCACUUUAUGUUAUGCACAACACUCACAAAGAUCCCAGUUGCACCUGGUUGUUCUGUGUAUCAGCAUUCUAAUCUUAAAUUAAAACUUAUCACGUCACUACUGUCGUCUCCUCAGGACAGGACAUCAUAGCAAAAAUUCCUCCCUUAAAAGAAGUUUUUUUUUUUUUUUUACGAAACGAAAUAUCAUAGGAAGAUUAAUAUAAUCCAGGAUGCAUGAAACAACCAGGUGUUAACGGAUUUGUUCAGACUUUAUAAGGAUUUAGAAUCAUUGACAUGAUUUAAGGUGGUCUGAUAUCCCAUGGUUUAGUGGCACAGUCGCUCACCUUUGUCUUAUAAAACUCAUUUAUGGUAAAGACUGAGAUGUAUCGAGUGCUAGGAAAUCGUAUACUUAACCAACCAAUGAACCUUCACUGCUAAAUCAGAAACACGUACUUGAAAAAACAAAAAUUAAUUAAAAAAAAAUUUCAUUGUACUCGUAUCGUUUUACAGUAGUGUUUGCAUUCUCGACACUUAGCCCUCUGACUGCGAUGCUUGAGGAUGAAGCCAACCACAAGCCUUACUUUUAACGUGGUACUGCCAGUGUUUGACUUCUGUUGUUUUUUGUUUUUUUCUUCAUGAAAGUCAUGCCACUACUUUUUUUUUUUUUAAAUGCAAGCAUCACGAUUUUGUACACUAAUUUUCUCAUCUUUGUAAAUACACAUUUCUUACUGUCUCUUUUUGUUCUUUGUAACCAUGGUGCAAUUUCCUGCGUAAAAUACAAUAUUUUGUUACUUGACUGAUGCAAUGAAUGAUAUUCUUAUUUGUUUGUUUGUUUUUGGUCUGAUGAUGGUUUACACGUUUACUGGAACAUUGGUGUUUGAUAUCCUUUAUGCCACAGCACUUAAACAGGAAACGGUGCUUAGUUUUAUUU